CUGACAUUCAUUACGGAAGCCUCUUUUUUAAUUGUUUGUUUUCUUUUACUUCCAUUCUGAAAAGUAAAAAAAUACAAAACAAAAUUGAAAAUUCCAAGUUGGGGCUCUCACGAUUUCAAUUUCCCUUUCUCCCACAGACUCCGAUUCUCAGCAGUACCAGAUACUUCGUGUUCCCGGGUUUGUCUGUUGAUUGUAUAGGGAUUCUUUAAGAAGUAGAUAGAGGAUGGGGGCAUUGAUGUCCAGGUUCUGGUUCAUGUUAUUCCCUGCAAAAGAGUAUAAGAUUGUUGUUGUUGGAUUAGAUAACGCUGGAAAAACCACGACCCUUUACAAAUUGCAUCUGGGUGAGGUUGUAACUACCAACCCUACUGUUGGUAGCAACGUCGAAGAGCUCGUUUACAAGAAUAUACGAUUUGAGGUCUGGGAUCUUGGUGGACAAGAAAGACUGAGGACAUCAUGGGCAACAUAUUACCGAGGAACUCAUGCUGUUAUUGCUGUGAUAGACAGCAGUGAUAGAGGCAGGAUCUCCGUCAUGAAAGAUGAACUUUUUAGGUUGCUAGGGCACGAAGAUUUGCAACAUUCUGUCGUUCUUGUCUUUGCUAAUAAACAAGAUAUCAAGGAUGCUAUGACUCCUGCUGAGAUCACUGAUGCAUUAUCUCUUCACAGUAUCAAGGAUCAUGAUUGGCAUAUACAGGCUUGUUGUGCCCUCACUGGAGAAGGGCUCUAUGAUGGUCUUGGAUGGAUUGCUCAGCGAGUAACUGGCAAAGCCCCAACAUGAUGUUGGGCUUCGACAAAUCUGAGAUAUUCAUUUUUCAUGUAUUGAAUUUAUAUGACGAGGGACAAAACUCUUUUGUAUCAUUUAUACUUCAAAGAGUCAAGCAAAGAUAAUGUGUUUGAUUUGCUAUGAUAUGAAGAGAAAGGUUAUUCAAUAA